AUGCCUGUUUUCACAUCCGCCCACGGUCUCUGUUCCCCGCAUCGUGUCCUGAUUCGCCCCUUGGAUACUUGGGUGGCUCGCAAGGGCGAGGAAAUCCAGGGAUACGCCGACCACAAUGAAUGGAAGAACUUCUUCGCUGCGAUCAAAGCUGUUUACGGUCAUAUCGUCAAAGGCCGAGCUCCUCUGCUCAGCACUGAUGGACCCACCCUACUGGCUGAGAGGGCACUGAUUCUGAAAAGAUGGACUGAACAAAUCCAAAACAUACUCAACCGUCUCUCCAGCAUCUCCGAAGCCGCCAUCGACCGUAUGCCUCAGGAAACUAUCAAGGCUGUGCAGCAACCUUCCAGUGGGAAAGCAUCCGAUUCCGAUGCGAGCACUGCGGAAGUUUACAAAUAUGUCGACCACCAACUCAUAAACCGCCUAACUACGCUCUUUCAGGAGAUGUGGACUACAAUUGUUCAUAUCUACAAGCGAAAUGGGAACAGUCAACUUUGCGAUAAUCAUCACGGAAUCUUGCUGUUCAAUAUCGCCGGCAAAAUCUUUGCUCGUGUUCUUAAUCAUCUUAACAACCACCUGGAGCAAGGACUCCUACCAGAAAGCCAGUGUAUUUUUAGUCGUCAUAGCUGUACAACCGACAUGAUAUUCGCUGUUCAACAGCUGCAGGAGAAGCGCCAGGACAUGCGCACCUACUUCUACACACUAUCGUUGAAGCAGGGCUGUGUCCUUGUGCCUACCCUCUGCAGUUUCAUGUUCUCUGCUAUUCUGAUUGAGGCCUUCUAUGAGGAGCAUCCCGGGAUCCGCAUUAACUGCAGAACGAACGGGCACAUUCUUAACGUCCGACGUAUGCAGGCUCCCACGCGCGUCCCCACGACCACGGUUCAUGACCUGCUGUUUGCGGACGACCGCACUCUCAACAACACAAGAUGCAAAGGAGCAUGGACCUCUUCGCCGCAGGUUGCGCAAACUUCGGCUUCACCAUCAACACGGAUAAAACGGUGGUCAUGA